GCAGAUCAUGGUGGAGCUUUCCAUUUCUAUAGCUUUUCACCCCUCACUGUAACAUUUUAAUUUGCAUGCCUUAAUCUUAAUUUUGAAAACAGAUGAAUGUAUAUUUUCAAGACCACAGCCUCUUAAUUGAGAAAGAUUGAUUUUUGUUUUGGGAUGUUACCUUGACCAGUGAGAUCCUUAUAUUUUAGAUCCUGUUGUUGGUCGCUACUGUUCCCUUCUUCAGCUAACGUUUCUUUUUCAAUGGACUUUUUGUGAACUGUUCUAUAUGAUUUAGAUAAGUGGAAACAUUUGCUUCCCUCUCACACUCACAUCCUGCUUUCAGAGGGGAAAAGGUAUGGGUGAUUGAGAUUCAAAGAACGAGUUCCUUUCUUUAUUAUUAAGGAAACGUUUUUGAGCAGGGUUAUGUCUUGCCACUGGUGAGGACGCACGGAAGACUUAAAGACCCUCCAGGUGACUCUUUCAGCUAUUGCAUGACUGCACAACCCUGACGCAUCAGCGGAGGACGAGACUGCAGCAAUGGAAAGUAUUUCAAAUGAAAGUGACAUUUGGCAAUUCAAUGAAUCUUGGAGGAACUCGAGUCUCAUUAACGGAACCGGUGGUUUGAAUCAGACAAACCCCUUGAAGCGGAAUGAAGAAGUGGCGAGGGUGGAGGUGACUGUGCUCGCCUUGGUCCUCUUUCUGGCGCUCGCGGGUAACCUGUGCGUCCUGUUGGCUAUCCACACAACCAAACACAGCCAGUCUCGUAUGUAUUAUUUUAUGAAACACCUGAGCAUCGCCGAUCUGGUUGUGGCGAUAUUUCAAGUUCUCCCUCAACUUAUCUGGGACAUUACAUUUCGGUUCUAUGGACCAGACAUCUUGUGCCGGUUGGUGAAAUACCUGCAGGUCGUUGGGAUGUUCGCCUCCACUUAUAUGUUAGUUUUGAUGUCUAUAGACAGGUGUUUGGCAAUUUGUCAGCCCCUCCGUUCAUUGCACAGGAGAAAAGACCGUUUAUAUGUCAUAUUUUCCUGGAUCCUGAGUCUGCUCUUUAGUAUCCCCCAGAUGUUCAUCUUUUCCCUGAGGGAGGUUGGUUCGGCCGGAUCAGGGGUGUAUGACUGCUGGGGCGACUUCGUGAAACCUUGGGGAGCCAAAGCUUACAUCACAUGGAUCAGCCUUACCAUAUACAUAAUUCCAGUGGCCAUACUGAGCAUUUGUUAUGGGUUGAUAAGCUUUAAAAUAUGGCAAAACUUUAAACUGAAAACCAGACGGGAGCAGUGCAUAAACCUGACGCCUAAAACCACCAAAAGCAACACACUGGCCCGUGUAAGCAGCGUAAAGCUCAUCUCCAAGGCGAAGAUCACGACAGUGAAGAUGACUUUUGUGAUCGUGGUGGCUUACAUCGUCUGCUGGACCCCCUUUUUCUCAGUUCAGAUGUGGUCUGCGUGGGAUCCAGCAGCCCCCCGUGAGGCCAUGCCCUUCAUUAUCUCCAUGCUGCUGGCCAGCCUCAACAGCUGCUGCAACCCCUGGAUCUAUAUGUGCUUUGCCGGGCAUCUGUUCCAGGAUCUUAGGCAGAAUCUUCUUUGCUGUUCCACCCGCUACCUCAAGUCAUCCCAGUGCCACUGUGAGCGUGACUUUAACUCCAGUCACAAGAGCAACUCUUCAACCUUUGCCAUUAAGAGCACUAGCAGUCAGAGGAGCAUCACACAGACUUCUACCACAUAAGCUCCGGGCCCUCCAUUCCCCUCCUCUCGCUGUGCCCUCAGCCGCUCACUACGUGCUGUAGACCAUAAAAUAUCCAGCAGUUUGAUUUCUUUAAUGCCUCCUCACUGAGGCUUGCUGUUUAGAAGUGGGAAGACAACAAAAGUCUUAAUUUUUUUUUCUGUUUUAUAUCAGAGUGAAGUGGAAAAGGAAUUGUGAUAAAAGGAAAUCUUCAGCCGAGUAUUCCUAGGGGGUAAAGUGCUGCUGUUUAAAACUCACAGAGAGAUAAUCACAGACUAAGCUGUAUCUUCAGCUGAUUUUUUGUUGUAUUUUCUUCUUACACUUUUCAUUUUAGAUGUACAGUAUAUGUUUGCAAUGCAGAAAAAGUACAGUAUUUACAAAGCUUCUAAGCGCUGUCAGCCACAGCAUGGGUUCAGUUAGUGUCACCAGCAGAGCUUCUGGAUCCUACUUGUCAUGUUGUGUUAUGAUGAAAUUGUUCUUCUGUUGUAAAUACUGCGCACCACAUUGUUCAUUUUGUCACAUUUUCAGUAGACUGCAUACCUGUAAAACAUGUAAAACGUUACUUGAGUUCUUGUUAGAUGUGAGAUACAAUGACUGUCACUGGUAAAUAUUUUCAAAAAACAUGUUAAAACAAUAAAGAAUGAAAGCAACCAAAAAUACACGUAUGAUAGAAUUAUUUAAACACAGCUGGUUAGUUUUCCUUUUGCCUCCUGAAAAGAGUCUAAAAAGAUUCUUGGCAUAACAUUCAAGUUGGGAACAUCCUGUUUUAGCCACAAAAUUCAGUAUAGGGUUGAGACCUGACCUGGUUGAGACUUUAUACACUAAUGAGUGUCUCAUGU